UUUGAUAUGUUGGAAAAGUACUUUAUUGUUCUCUGUACAGCUGCCCUUUUGUCUGCAGAGGGGAUACCAGAGCAGCAAGAACGGAUCAUUGGCGGAGAUUACGUGCCUAUCGAGGAUGUUCCUUGGCAAGUGGCUCUUCUUCGAAAUGAAAAGCAUUUUUGCGGAGGAUCCAUCUACAACCAGAGGGUUAUCCUGACUGCCGCCCAUUGUGUUAAAGGAAAAAAACUCAGAGGUCUAUCAGUUCGGGCUGGAUCCGCUCUUAAAAAUUUUGGAGGACAACUUGUCUCGGUCGAUCGUGUUAUUCUGCACCAAGAUUAUGUUUCCAGUACUGAUACUCUGGAAAACGAUAUAGCUGUACUGUUUCUGGCCUCUCCACUUGAGCUGGGACCAACAGUGCAGCCCAUCAAACUGGCUGAAGAAUCACCAGAGCCAGGAACAAAUGUUUUGGUCACAGGAUGGGGCGCUCUGCACGAUAGGCCGUUCCUAUUUUUUAAGGAAAUUUUGCUGAGAACUAUCCUUACCAUCGUGGAUCGCAAUGAAUGCUUUGAAGCUUAUAUUGCCGACAACUUUGCAAUUCCAGUAAACGCUACUUGUGCAUAUGCCAUUGGCCGUGGUGCUUGCCGUUUAGAUUCAGGAGGCCCAGUGGUUACUUUGCACCCCCAAAGACUUAUUGGCAUCGUUUCUGGUGUGCAUACAUGUGCUGGGGAACUCCCCGAGUUCCAUACUGACGUCGCAGCGCUAAAGGAAUGGAUUAUUAAUACUGUUGAAACAUAUUAUCGGCAUAAAUAAUAUAUAUAAUUUCAUAAUAUAUUAUGGUUAUUUUAAUAAAGGCAUGACGAGGUUGUAUUCCUCUUCAAGGACUACGAGUUUCACAGUCGCUGAUAACCCUUUUGAAAAUAAA